UGACGCAUAUGGCUCCGCGGAUUUUCGAAAACACUGUAAAAUCCUUCAACUAUACAAAUGACAAAUUGAAUGAUUCUGCUGCAUGCAGGGAUGUAUUUAUUGUUAGCCUGAGAAAACUUCCCUACUUAGAUAUUGCAGAUAAAAUGCUGAGCAAAGAUUUAAUGGCGGAAAUUGAUGAAAUUUUAAAGGAUGGCGACAUUGACUCUUCAGAAAAAGAUGUUACAUUUGUUAGCAGUUCACACUGUCAAGCCUUGAAAAACAAAUGCUCUAUUGUCCAUUUGGGUGGAACUCAGUCAGAAGUUGGCAUCACAACAAAUAGUAUCACACGUUCAUGCGAUCGUUUGAAGUGUGUCGCAUGUGACAACCCUGUAUUACUCUUCAAUAAUUUCUCUUGGACCAAAAGCCCUGAUUACCUGUUCCUACGGACAAAUUAUCCAAAUUACAAUUUACUUAAAUGUAAACUUAGAAAAAGCAUUGGAACCCGCGCAUACUGCUGUCAAUGUAAUGCAAUAGAGGCUCGGAAAUUAGUGGCCCUGGCGGAAUGCACAAACUUGCAAUGGAUCUGUACCAAACAUCCUGAGUGAGAAAAACAAAGUUUUCCGAAUAAUUUAUCACUUCACCAAUAUAGUUGUCUUUGACGUUAGCUCAAAAGUUCAUAAUUCGAAUUGUAUUAAUCUAUAGUUAUUCUUCUAACAAAAAUUUCAGAGACUGAACUAACAGACACAGUCGGUCGUUUUUUUUGUCUGAUAAAUUGUUGGAAAUUAUAAUUUUCUAAGAAUCUAGUGUGACUUUAAAGUAUAGUGUUCAUUUGCAAUUAAUAGUGUUCUCUAAGCUGGCUCAGAGAACACUAUUAAUUGCAAAUCAUCCACCUGAGUU